AUGUCUUCACAUUCAAGACAGAACUCAAUAGGUUCAAUUGAAAGUCACGCAUGUCAAAACCAUCCUAAGAAGAUUGGUCCAUGGAAAUUAGGUAAAACUUUAGGAAGAGGUGCAACUGGUAGAGUAUUAUUAGCAACACAUCAAACAACUGGUCAAAAAGCUGCUGUUAAAGUAGUAUCAAAAUCAGAAUUACAAUAUGAUCAAGAUAUUCCUCAAAAAGAUCAAGAUGAUGCAAAUGAAGGAGGGUUACCUUAUGGAAUUGAACGUGAAAUUAUUAUUAUGAAAUUAUUAAAUCAUCCAAAUGUUCUUAGAUUAUAUGACGUUUGGGAAACUUCAAAAGCUUUGUAUCUCGUUUUAGAAUACGUCGAAGGAGGUGAAUUAUUCGAUUUAUUAGUUGAAAGAGGUCCAUUAUCAGAAACUGAAGCAAUUAAAUAUUUCCGUCAAAUCAUAUUAGGAACUGCUUAUUGUCACGCGUUGGGUAUUUGUCAUCGAGAUUUAAAACCAGAAAAUUUAUUAUUGGAUUCACAAUUAAAUGUUAAAUUGGCCGAUUUCGGAAUGGCUGCUUUGGAAAGUAAUGGAAAACUUUUGGAAACUUCUUGUGGAUCUCCUCAUUAUGCUGCUCCUGAAAUCGUUAGUGGUUUAAAAUAUCAUGGUGCUGCAUCAGAUAUUUGGUCUUGUGGUGUUAUUCUUUUUGCCUUAUUAACUGGUAGAUUACCAUUUGAUGAUGAAAAUAUUAGAAAUUUAUUAUUAAAAGUUCAAGCUGGUAAAUUUGAAAUGCCAACGGAAAUCUCUCCAGAAGCUCAAGAUUUAAUUUCAAGAAUGUUAACUGCAGAACCUUCAAAAAGAAUACCUACCGAUAAGAUUUUAAAGCAUCCAUUAUUAACUAAAUAUCCAAUUCCUAAUGAAGAUUUAAUUAGUGAGAAAUCAUUACCCCAUCCUGCUACUGCUUAUAAAUCGUUGGGUUCAGUGAAAAAUAUCGAUAAACAAAUCUUAUCCAAUUUAUCCAUUUUAUGGCAUGAUAGACCACAACAGGAAAUUAUCGAUUGUUUAUUGAAAAAUGGUUCUAAUCCGGAAAAGACAUUCUAUGCAUUGUUGAUGAGAUAUAAGCACAAUCAGGAUGAUUCAUCCCCUACAAAGAAACCAGCUGCUGCUGCCGCUACUACCACAACCUCAAGGAUUCCAAGAAGUGGUUCAACUACAAUGACUCCAAGAAAAGGAAAAAGGGCAAGUCAGAUUGUUGCUUCUAGACCAACCUCAUUUCAAUAUAAAAAUAAUACAACUCCAGGUGCUGCUAGAACUUCAGUUGUUACUAGAAUGACCGAUCAUCAUUCUUCUGUACAUAAUACCCCAAGGAAAUCUCCUAGAAAAUCCCCAAGAAAAUCACCAGCCAAGAGAUAUUCAGCAUAUAAUCAAUCACCAAUCAAAUCUCCAAUUAAAUAUUCUCCUCAUAAACAACAACAAGAAUCUUCCAUGAAUGUGGUUCCUAGAAAUCUUUAUAAUGAAAUUGUGCAGGCUCAAAGUAAUUAUUCACUUCCUCCGUCACUCCCAUCAUCACUCCCACCUUCAAUUGCACCAUCCCUUCCUUCAAAGAGCUCAUACUAUGUAUCCAAACAGUUGAAUGACGUUCCUGAACUUGCACCAUCUGCCACUACCGCUGCUGUGGCUGCACCAACCACUACUUCAGAUUUAAUGCAAUCGGCAAAGAUCUCCCCUGGGAAACGUGCUUCUAUGGUUUCCAAAAAGAGAAUGUCAAAACGUAAAUCAUUAAGAGUAUCAAUGACAACUGGUCUCAAGAGAAAUUCCAUCACUAUGAAGUUAUUGUCCACGUAUGCCAAAUUAUCAGGUGAUUCCGAAUGGGAAUAUAUGGAUAAACAAGCCAAAAGAACUUCAGCAACAUUUGCAACUUUAUGUGACAAGAUCUUCAAUGAAGAAGCAUAUGAUGAGGAUGAUGAGAAUUUGGUUGAUCCUGAAGAAAAAGAAGCUAGGGAAUAUGAAAGAUUGAUGGAAAUUGAGAGAAAGAAACAUGAAGCUGAAUUGAAGGCUCGUAAGGAAUUGGAAAAGAGGAGAAAGAGACAACUGAGACGUUCUUUAUUGAGUUCAAGAAAGUUGAGUAUUUUGGUUAGAGAAGAUAACGUUAUUCCUGAAGAAUCAGCCAAUAAUAGUGAUUUGGUCGAAGCUGAUGAAGUGUUAAACCCAGAUAAGAGACAAUCUAAGAAUCUUACUGCUCUUAGGGCAUUGUCUGAAGCAACACCAAAGGAAGGUAGACAAGAAUUUGAUCUUGAUGAAAUUGAAAAUCUAAAACGAAGAUCUGUUACUCAGCCUAUACAAAGGAGGGGCCCAAUUUUGACAAAAAGAAGACCAGUAUCUAAAUUGGAUCCAUUAUGGCAAGCUUAUGAAAAUGAAGAAUUGGAAAAGGCUAAGGAUGCAUUAGAACAAGAAUGGAGAUCUAGUCAAAUGACAAAAGUUGACAAAAAUCAGAAGAAACAAUCAAAGAUAUCUAAGAAGAAAGCCAAUCGAGAAUCGAUGAUUUCUGUUAUGGACGAUUUGGAUGCAGUUGAUAAGAAUAAUAAAAUAAAGAGACAUUCUUUGGCUAGUUAUCAUUUGGGUACUCCAAAGAUUGAACAUGAAGAUUUAACAGAAGAAUAUAUGUCAGAAAUUAGGAAAUCUAAAUUAUUAAAUUCUCAAUAUAAUUUAAAGGGUAAGAGAUUAUCUAAUUAUGAAACUGGUCCAAAAACUCUAAUUGGAAAUGUCAAUAUUCCUAAUGUCACUAGAAAAUCAAGAAAUUUCACUAAUUCGAAUAAGCGAUUAUCGGUGUUGUCAAUGUAUUCAACUAAAGAAUCUUAUCAUGAUUUGAGUUCUUAUGUUAAUUCUCCAGAUGCUGAAGAAAAUGGAAUGCCAAAGACCAUGAAGACAAGCUUUGCAGAUAGAUUGAAUAGUGCAGGUGUCAAUGAAGAGGAUGAAGAUGAUGAAGGUAAUGAAUUUUAUUAUACUGAUAAAGGUUCCAUUAUUGAUUUUGAUGAGCAUGUUGCCAAUAAGAGGGUUUCCUAUUAUAAUGAAGCAGAUAAAGGAGUUUCUCGUAAUGGAACAACCAGGAAAUACACCAAACCAACCGGAGCAAGACCAGUUUCUAAACUUCCUGAAUUACCUACAGAUGAAACUGCAUGCGACGAUACAUUUAUUAGUCAAGGUGAUGAAAUCCAUCAUAGGAAACAUAAAUCCAUGCUUUCUAUUGAAACUACAGAAGAAGAAGUUAGUGAUGUAUUUGAUAAAAUUAAAUUGCCAGACGGUAAAUCUACAAAAUCUUCUAUUGAUGCUUUGGCUAAUGGAACUUCUGAAAAUGGUCAUAAGCACCAAACUGUGAAAACUAUGUUACCUGAUCAUGAAGAUUUCGUGUCUGAUUUGAAUGCAUAUGUUAAGGAAAAUAAUCAAAAGAUCAUGAAUCCAAAGGUGAGAGCCAAUGGCGGUGCUGUUAAACCAUCUGAGAAGAACCAACCAUUGGAAGAUAAGACCAAUGUUCCACAGAAGAGAAAGCCGUCAUUUUUCAGAAAAUUAUCCUGGGGUUCCAAAAAGACAAUAGAUGAUGCUGCAAUAAUGGGUCGUUCAACUCCUUCUCCAGUGGAAGAAAAGCCUAAAGGUUCUAUCUUUUCCAGAUGGUUCUCUUCGUCCUCCCAUUCUGCUCCUCUUGAGAGUGAGACCAAGAGAUUUAAUACAAUUUUACCAAAACAAGAAAUGUCAACUGCUUUAUAUGCAUUAUUGGAUUCUUGGGCAAAUUUCGGGUUGAAAGAUUUAAGGAAUGAUCAAGUUGGAUAUAAUAUAACAGGUUCAAUUUCAAAACAUAAUGCAUUUGAAUUAAAGGGGUGUAAAUUUAGGAUAAAGAUUAAUUCUAGGGAUAUGAAUCAGAAAUCAGAGAUCAUAUGUACCAGAACUAAGGGGUCAAAGAGUACUAGUGAUACGUUAUUUGGAGAGAUAGAGAAGGUGUUGCAGAAAGAAGGUGUAUUAGAUAUAUAG